AUGACUUCGAGAAACUCAGCACCAGUCCAGAUCUUCCCUGCUCUCGGUGCUUCUCUACACAACGUCUUAACUCGAGUCAAAUCCCAUCCACACGUCUAUCCUGCGAUCGACCUAGCCUACUCUUCCACGGAACCUCUAUUGAAACCAGUGGUACUACAGCUGCCCUCCAACGGGUUACGCUUGCGCUUUGACGGCCCCGACCAGAGACUCAGGUUGAUUGAAGUGCUAGAUUUCUCUCGAGUGAAUUUGAUCUACAAAAGCCAGGAUGUGCUCAAGCUUGGAAAAACAGACGAACUGGCGACCUCCCCGCAAGGUCCCAGUUUCCGACAUGUCUACAACCGCUUGUUCGGUCCGUCUUACCCUGGCGAGUAUGUUCCGCCGGCGGACAGGUCUUCUUACGGUACCUACGUGCUAUCGUACCCGGGAGUCGCAUUCUCCUUCCCACUCCAGCACUCGGCAUGGUCCGACCAGUGCGACUUUGUAGCCUUGCUUUCGUCCUCUGCUGCUCUGCCAGCGACCUCCAUGUCCAUCUUCCAAGGGUCCUCCUGGCCAGAGGUUCGCAUGAAGCUGUUCACUCAACCGCCUCAGGGUCCACGAUUUUCUGCUGUUGUUGGCAAAUCACGAGAUUCCUUCGCCGAUGAGAUUGAGGAAAUUCAUAUCCUCGGCGCUGGCAAGCUAGAAGUGAUUCGGCGAACGAGUCCCCCGUUGCUCAUCAACCUCGGGCAAACCACUCCCCAAGACUUGAUCGCUGGGUUUGGACCUCCAGAUGCUAUUUAUCGUAAACAUGACCGGCGAAUCUCCAUUCACCGUGCAACAGGGGCUGGCGGUGGGGAUCCUCUGCAUAUGAGCCCCCCGCCAGGACGAGCGAUGGAUAUACCUGACACUGAUCAUUCCUCUAGUAACAGCGUAACAGAUGACUCGGAUGAGGAAAUUUCUCCAGGAAAUAUCGGUGACCCAACUUCCUUGCCCGCGGAAUGCUUCUUCAACUACUUUCAUCACGGAUUCGAUGCCUUCGUUUCAUACCCAACUACAGCAGGGCCGGCCUUCCCGAACUCUGGAAUCCCUGACCCAUCUCCUCCGCCCUCUUCAUCUCAGCUGACCGUAACGAAAUUGAUUCUUCAUGGAAAUGUACCAGGGUCGUAUCCUUUUAAUCGUCACCGCCGAAGCCGCUGGAUGAUUCAUCUCGACCAGUCUGGCGAUGGUCUUACUUCUGAAACGCCAUAUGACGAAAUUUCUGAGCGGCUCCGCGAGGUUUGGAAAGGGUCAUAUGGCAACCAAGCAGAGGAGCGUGCUACACAACGGCCCAUGGUGUUGAACCGAGGCUGGGGCGACAGUCCGGAGAGCAGCGUCGAGUUCCUCGGGGGUUGGGAAGAAACCACAGCCCGAGGACCCAGGACUGGUCCGGAUGGGCAAGAUGGCGGCUUGGGAAAUACGGAACUCUUUGGAUUUCCAGGCCUUUUGUUUGAAGUGUUGAAGAAUAGCGCAGUGAGCUGUUUGACGGUCUAUUAA